AACAAGGUGAAGUCAGGGUGUGGUUUAUCCGUUUCCGGAUCAGCGUGCUCUAGUAAACAAAGCAAGUCCGCCAAAAACCUGCAGCAGAGACAGAAGUUCCGUCAUGUCAGACUGCUCACCUGAGCUGACACUCUAGAAGGAGAUGUAGCCAAUUGGGAAGUUAUCAUGAAGAUAGUCGCAACUGUAUCGCUUCUACACCUGUGUUUAUACGCGACAGCGGCAGUUUCGGGCUCCACUGAGACAGUCGUGACAGCCGCACCGGACGACAUCGCUCUACUUCCUUGUUACACCGCCGGUAACGUAACACCGUCUUUAACGACAUGGAUGAAAAACGGUCGGAAAGUCAUCAGUGGCCCUUCAGCAGCAGCUGCAGCCGGCCUGCCGAGCUCUUCACCCGCCGCACAGCGCCUCACGGUGCUGCAUGAUGGGAGUCUGAACAUCCAGAGGGUGAGACCUGGAGAUGAAGGCAGCUACCUGUGCAACUCCUCACUACCGGACAACAACACCUUUCAGGCACGUGUCCUGCUCCAAGUAGCCAGUGGUCCAGAAAAUGUUGUAAUAUCCGUCGGUCCCGCCGCUCCCCUGUCCAACGGGACGCUCGUCACCUUUCGGGGCUCGACCGUCACAUUCAACUGCUCCGGCUCCUCCUACCCGUCUCAGCAGCUGACUUUGGCCUUCAGAGGAGCCUCGUCCAGCAACGACUCGCUGGAUUCAACCUCUAGAUCCUGGCUGGACUUCAGGAUAGCAGACAUUCAGCCCAGCGCUCAGGGAGUUUACAGCUGCAUGGCCCAGAACACCGUGUCUCAUCAGGCGGUGAAUAAGAGCACACAGCUGCUAGUAUACUAUGUCCCAGACAGGCACCCUGAGUGUAUGUGGGUGCGGGUACAGGACUCCUCUCACGUCCUGUUCAACUGCACCUGGUUCGGAGCGUAUCCCACCCCGACGCUGCGCUGGGGGGAAGAUGAGGGUGACCGGGGGGUUCGCCAGAAAGGACGUAUCUAUGCUGCCGAGGUGACGGACAGCCUGUCGGUGACGUUGAACCGCUCCCAGCUGUACGACGGGCAGACGGUGAGGUGCAUGGCGCAGCACCGGGCGCUCGCUACAGGAAAAGAGAAGUCGUGUUCGUUCACCCUCAAGCCUCCGUUCCCUGAAGGCGAGCCGCUGACCACGGCUCUGGAGGCGACCAGUGUAACUCUAACCUGCACCGAGGCCAAGUCCAUCCCCCCUGCAAACACUAUGUGGAGGAAAGGGCUCCAGCAGGACAACAUCGUGCCCGGCUCGAAGUACGUCCUGUCUCAAGAAGGCCCCGUACUCAAGCUGACCAUACUCAACAUCAGCAAGGACGACGAAGGCGUCUACUUCUGCCGCAGCGAGAACCCCCUCGCUGUCCGAGAGCUGGAAGUCUACCUCACUGUGAGGACCUCCUCAGCGUACACCGGAGCGAUCAUCGGCGUCUUUAUAGCUGUGCUGAUCGUGGGGUCGGCCGUCAUCAUCGCUAAAACGAUUUACUCCAGCCGACACCGGAUUUGUCUGGGAGGUGGUUUUGGGCAAAUGGAGGAGGACAGAGGAGACAUGCUGAGUCUGGUUGAGUCUGACGAUGAGCAGAUCUUUCAAGACGCCGUUCCCCGGCUUCCUCCUUUAACAAACGGACGGCACACAACGCUCGUCCAGAUACACCGCAUCCCAUCGAGUGAUCACGAGGAGGCAGAAACCGCUGACACAAGUCCACAACAGCAAGAAGACACCGUUCAGACAGAAGAGCCAGCAGAUCUUGUAACAUUUUAGGUUUUUAGACGAUUGUUUUACUUUAAGAUAAAUAUAAUUUACUCCCAAUACUCCCAAUGAGAAUGUGAACAGAAUUGGUGGAAGACGCGUGUAAAAGAAAACAUGAUCUCUUUUAAAUUAGUUUUUUUUAAAGUGGGUUUUGAAUUUUUAUAAGCUAAUUUCUAUGGUUUGUUUGUACAGCAUUUUGAAUAUGUUGCUGUGAUGUUGAGGUUGAUAAAUUAAAACUGUUUAAACAAAAUGUGA